GUCACUACAUAUUUCCAAAUGCCUGAGCCAGCGAAGACCGCGCCCAAGAAGGGCUCCAAGAAAGCCGUUACCAAGACUGCAAGUAAAGCUGGGAAGAAGAGAAAGCGAUCCAGGAAGGAGAGCUAUGCAAUCUACGUGUACAAGGUCCUGAAGCAAGUCCAUCCCGAUACUGGGAUUUCAUCCAAGGCGAUGAGCAUCAUGAACUCUUUCGUCAAUGACAUCUUCGAACGAAUUGCAUCUGAGGCCUCACGUUUGGCGCACUACAACAAGCGUUCUACUAUUACAUCAAGAGAAAUUCAAACAGCUGUUCGACUGUUGCUUCCCGGUGAACUGGCAAAACACGCCGUUUCCGAGGGUACAAAGGCCGUCACCAAAUACACCAGCUCCAAGUAG